CUUGCCAUGGUAACGAUACACUUGGCAGCCUUGCCCAGUUGAUGUUAAAUCCACGGUUUUGUGUGCUUGUUUGUUUAUUUUGAGAAGAAACGGUGCUACCAUCAAGUCAGUGUUGUAAUAAUGGAGCUCAUCGGAAGCAGCUACAUAGGAGAUAUAAAAAAUGGGUGUAUGCAUGGAAAAGGAGAGUACACGUUUCCCACACAGACCAAGUAUAAGGGAGAGAUGAGAAAUGGGAUGUUCCAUGGCAAAGGAGUGCUACACUUUACAAAUGGGAGUAAAUAUGAGGCCAUCUGGGAAAACGGCCUAGCUAAACAGGGGUCAUUUACCUUUGCUGAUGGUCUGGAGUACAAGGAGAAGGACUGGGACUACUGUAAUGGUUACGACAGGCGCUUCCACAGUGAGCGUUGCAACGGACUCAGACCUGCAGGAGAAUCUCAGCUGACUAAUCUGCAUCCGCCACGCAUCAUUCCUGAUGGAUGCUACGACUGUGGAGAUGGUUUUUAUGACCCCAAUACCAGAAUCGUCACAUCCUACACUGGCAGAUUCCUCAGGAAUGCAGAUGACGAGGAACAUGAGUGGAUUGUGCGGACUUGUCGGAAAGCUUGGGAUGAGGUUGUUCGCGUUGAGCCUGAGGAUGAGUCUGUUUGACCCAUUCCUGAGGAGACCAGCAACAUCAACUGAUAUUUAAAAAAAAAUAAAAAAUGCUCUUUUUA